AACAGACUAAAUUCAUUUUUUUCUAGACGCAGUUAUGAACACGUCUGCGGUGGAAUCUGUCGUCACCUGUGAACCGUACAACUUUCUGGAAUGCCAUAUAGCGCGCUGGAUUUGGCGCAUUCUGCCGGGACUUUGCAUCUGUGUUGGAACGAUCGGCAAUCUGCUAAACGUCAUCAUACUAAAACGACUGAAUCUACGACGAUUCCCCAGGAAUAUAUUUCUAUUGUUUCUUGCAGUGAGCGACUCAACGUUUCUUUGGACGAUUGCUCUUAACGACGUCCUGUUUGCGUUAAACGGGCACACCUUUCUCGAACAUGGCGACUUUCUCUGUAGAACAACUUGGUUCGUUGGGUACACAGCUGGAGCCUUCUCUUCUUGGAUAAUAGUUCUUAUGACUACGGAAAGAACGUUGGCGUUAAGGGCUCCUGUGUUUUCGCGUAAAAUGCUUACCGUGAAAAGCUGUAAUUUAGCAUGCGGCGUGACAUUGACGGUCAUUGCGGUACUCAAUUGCCACGUUCUUUACGGUUUUGACUUUAAGGAUAAUGCCAAUGGUGAACAACUUAUUCAAGAAUUCCAAAAUGUUACUCAAAUUAUAGCCAGUAACUAUCCAUGUUUCUUUGUAUCAAAGGGGUACAUGGAUUUUUAUUACGCCAAAUGGAGUAUCAUAUAUAUGACGUUGUAUUACGUUAUACCGAUUGUUGUUUCUAUUAUUGGAAAUAUAAAUAUAGCGAUGGUAAUAUGUUUAAAAAGACGAAACAUGGCUUCUUUUCGAACGUCUGGAAACAAGGUACCGGAUAGGGUUUUUACCUUGACUUCAAGCGCAAGCGAAUAUGGAAGAUCAACUGACGGAACCUGUAAUUCGUCAACUGAUUUGAAUGACGCAAACGUUGUAGGCCUACUGCAAAAUACGAACUGUUCAAUGGUGGGUUCAAUUAAUUCAGACAGAGACGAAACCCAACUUACAACGGACCUUUCCACGUCGAAAACGAAACCAACACGAGACAUUUCUGUGAAUAGACAUGAAACAACAAUAUCGGAUUAUAAGAAGAAAAGACGGCAAACUUUCCAAACAAAAUGUCAGCAUCAUACGGCUGGUAAGGACAAAAGAGGUCAACACGCAACGAGACUUUUGUUUUGUAUUUGCAUGAGUUUGAUACUAACAUCAAUUCCGUCUGCCGUUUAUCAAUUAAUCCGAGGAAAUCUUGAGGAUGUAGCACCAAAAGUGGCUUCCAUUCUCCAACUCUUAAGGGCGGUCACUCAUUCACUGUUGUAUAUGAAUUUUGCAUUGAACUUUGUCUUUUACUUCGUUUCCGGAACGCUGUUCAAAAACGAAUGGAAGAAAAUGGUGCGCCAUACAAGACAAUCAUUAAAGAGACUACACAUAUGUUAAAAUUGAGACUGGACCAUACAUGAGCCGCGUCAUGCGAAAAUGGGUCUUCUGCCAUAUUCGGCCAUUACAGCUCUACACCAGCUUGCGGAAUCGAAGUCUGGCCUGGGCCUACACUGUCAGCAAUGAAUAAACGCAAGCUUUCGUGGUCUUAUUAGCGGACAGGAUAACUCCUGAACAGACUGGACGGAAUUGCAGGCUGGGCUGGAGUUAUGCAGGCCGCAUAUGGCAUAAUACCCGUUUAUGCUCUACUCAGCACAUAUCUGCGCAAACAUUUUAGUUUCUGGCUAUUUCCCCGAUACGUAGACAGAAGCAAAUAUCAUACCUCUGCAAUAAAACAGGCUCUACUGAUGAUCUUAGUAUUUAUAGAGGAAUACCGCUUGUUAGUUGUUUUUCUUAGUUGUUCACAACCAUUUUUAACAAAAGUAUCGAAUUGUUUUGUAAAUAUACUGCUAAAAUCUCAGAUUCACAAUUCGGAUUUUGCAAAUGUUGUUCAACUGUUCAUGAUAUUUGUAUUUUGAUGUCUUUUAUGCAACACUCUUUGAAUGAAAACAAACGUUUGUAUGUACUAUACACUGAUUUGUUUAAAUGUUUUGAAAGUAUAUAUCGUAGUGAGUGAUAAUAAAUAUGUAUAAAGCUGAUAUACAUGUUCCCACUUUUUUGAAACAUCUAAUAUAACUACUACGGUAGUAAUGCUUUUGUAUAUGCAUUUAAAUGCAGACUUCUUGACACCUUCAGCAUGAAUGGAUUGGUAAUAGGUAUGAAUAUAUGUUCUAGAUAUGCAUAGACUUUUAAAAACUACUAUUGAAUAUGAAUGCUACUUUGAUUUAUUGAAAAGGAGUGUACGUUUAUACUUUGUAGAAUUAAGUACAUCUGCCCGCCCGUUGAAGACACUCAGGCAACAAUAUUUGACAUUAUGUGCACUAAUUAAUUUUUGUUUUUGUAAUUUUUGUUAAAGUUAUAUCAUUCAUACCAUGGUCAAUGAAAAUUAAUAGGUUAUCUUUACUGCCUUUAAAAUUGGUUUGUUUUUGACAAACAGACACACAUGCGCGCGCGCACGCAUGCACACUCACACAUUUUUUAUUUUGUUACCAUUAUUAUAUAAUGA